AUGCGUUCAUUUUAUCGAACCCUCGCUCGAAGUGGAAUCCAAUGCAGUCAGACGAAUAGACGUUGGGCCGGCAGAGUCCAUUUUCAUCAUGCCCGGCCAGAAACCGCCAACUCGCGAAACAGCCUGUCCUUUUCGUGGCCUUGGGUCAUAGUUGGGGCUGGUGCGACUGGCCUUGCAGGCUUCACGUGGCAACUCUCUCCUUGGGCGGCUGGCCAAAGCGACAAGCAGCCCAUCUUCUAUGCCGAUAGAAAGACUAUGUUGAGGGCCAGCUCAAUCUAUACCGGUGUACAAGAGAUCGCAGACACACUCGGACCGGACUCGGUUUCGACCUCCCAUUGCGCAACAAGACCAGUGGCUGUCGUUACGCCGAGGACGACAGACGAGGUGUCGACAAUUACACAUAUCUGCUCAAAGUAUAGAAUUCCGAUGAUUCCCUUUGGCGGCGGGUCCAGCGUGGAGGGGAAUUUCACAGCUCCGCAUUCUGGAAUCAGUAUCGACUUCUCUCAAAUGAACAAAAUCAUUGCCUUUCAUGAAGAGGACAUGGAUGUCGUCGUCCAGCCUGGAGUCAAUUGGAUGGACCUCAACAAUGAGAUAAAGGACAGUGGUCUCUUCCUGCCUAUGGAUCCAAGCCCCACGGCUCUUAUUGGAGGCAUGGUAGCCACGAACUGCAGUGGAACCAAUGCAGUUCGAUACGGCACAAUGAAGGAUUGGGUUAUAAGCCUUACGGUGGUCUUAGCUAAUGGGACCGUCGUCAAAACCCGGCACCGACCACGAAAGUCAUCGUCCGGUUACAAUCUCUCCUCUCUCUUCACCGGCUCCGAAGGGACACUAGGGAUGAUCACUGAGGUAACACUUAAACUGGCUCCAAUCCCAGAGCGUCAAAGCGUUGCCGUGGCGACGUUCCCCUCGAUAACAGACGCAGUGACUUGCACAUCGAGGAUCAUGCGGCAGCGAAUCCCAAUUGCCGCCGUUGAACUGAUGGAUGAGACCCAGAUGGAGGUUCUGAACCGGAACGGAGGUGCGGGGGGUAGAAUGUGGGAUGAGAAGCCGACGCUGCUUUUCAAGUUUUCCGGAACCGCACAGUCCAUAGCCACCGACAUUGGGCGUGUCGAGGACAUAGUCUCCCAAGGGGGAGGAAGUGCCUUUCAAUUCGCAAAGACAGAACUAGAAAUGCAUAAUCUUUGGUCUGCUCGCAAGGAAGCCAUAUGGGCGAUGUGUGCGCAGAAGCCAGACGGUAUGCAGCUGUGGUCCACUGAUGUCGCUGUGCCGUUGUCUCAGUUGCCGUUGAUCAUUGAAUUAUCAAAGCAGGAAUCGCAGAAGCUCGGGCUGUUUUCUAGUAUUCUUGGCCACGUGGGCGAUGGGAACUUCCAUCAGGCUGUUAUGUAUGAUCCCAACAGUGCCUAUCAGACAGAGGCAGUACGAGACUGUGUGAAGAAGAUGGUUCAUAGAGCAGUUCAGAUGGAGGGAACGGUUUCGGGCGAACAUGGUAUUGGGUUAGGGAAGAAGGAGUGCUUACUCGAAGAACUUGGGCAGGAAACAGUUGCCGUGAUGAAGACAUUAAAGCGGAGCCUGGAUCCUCACUUUCUCAUGAAUCCUGGCAAGGUGUUUGACUGAUGUUGGGAAGGAGCCGGAACAAACGGCGGCCAAACACCUGAUCUCUCCAGUCAGUAUUCUUUGGGACCUGGUCCGUAUUGAACGUUGCUCGACCAUCUGCUUGGCUAGCCCCGAAUUAUCCCAUCUUGAAAUAGCG